AUGGGAGCAGCCAUACAACCAACAGCAAGACAACAAACUAAACAAAGUAAUGAAAGCAGAAAGAAAGAAUCUCAGGAUUCUCUACAUGAGGAUAAUGUGGACAAGCCACUUAUCAAAGAACCAACAGCAAGACAACAAACUGAACAUAGUAAUGAAAGCAGACAUAAAGAAUCUCAGGAUUCUCUACAUGAGGAUACAGUGGACAAUCCACUUGUUGUAGUAGCCAUAGAUUUUGGAACAGUCCAUUCUGGGUUUGCAUAUUCCUUUAAGGGAAAUGAAAACAACAUUAAAUCAGGAGAACAUGGAGGAAUGCUGCAGGAAGAUAGAGUACCUACAAUAUUGUUAUUAAAACCAGACAAAACAUUCCAUUCAUUUGGAUACAAAGCACAGACUGAUUUUCAUGAGCUUUCUCAAUCAAUAUCAUCUGACUCGGCACGUCAGUUUAUGAGAGAAGCUUCAACAAAAGCAGGAAUCCCAGAAACACAUCUUCGACAUGUUCUUGAGCCUGAAGCAGCAGCUUUAUACAGUACACCACUAAUAAUGACAGAGGCAAUACCUUGUGGGUUUAUGUACAUACUUGCUGAUUUAGGUGGAGGGACAACAGACAUAUGUGCUCAUAAAAUAAUAGAUGGUGGCAAAAUACAAGAAAUAUACCGAACAACAGGAGAAGCCUCUGGUGGCAGGGAUGUUGAUGAUUGUUUUAUUAACAUGAUGAAAACUUUAAUAGGAGAAAAGGUUUGGAGUGAAUUCUCAACUAACCACCCAUCAGCAUGUGUAAGCCUUGUUAAUGAGUUUAGAUUGAAGAAAAAAGAGUUUAAAUCACAAACAAAUAACAUACAAUUGAGAAUGGAAAAUGCUCUGGUGCUUGUCUUAACAGGGGAAAACAAGAACUUGAAUGAUAUAGUUAAAAAGUCAAAAUAUGUUAGAAAACUUGAUUAUAAUUCUAUGGACGCUAGACUUACAAUCAACAGAGAGAUGCUGGAAGAAUUAUUCAAGCCAUCAGUUGAUAAAAUCAUUAGCAAGUUGGUUGAAGUACUAGACCAAUGUGAUGAAAAUGAAAUCAAAACAAUCAUUUUAGUUGGAGGAUACAGUGAAUCUCCCUAUGUAAGGGAGAGAAUUCAGUCACAGUUCAGUAACAUGAGAGUUAUCCUUGUAGAUGAUGCUCGACUUGCUGUGGUAAAUGGGGCAGUGAUGAUGGGCUGGAAACCUAAAAACAUCAUACAACGUAGGUCCAGGUACACUUACGGAUUUGCAGUAUAUGUACCAUUCAGAGAGGGAAUAGAUCCAGAACAAUUUAGGAUUAAUAUUGAUGGGGACAUAUAUUGUAACUGGAGAUUUAAGAAGAUGAUAGAAAAGGGUCAGAUAGUGGAGUAUGGACAGACAUUUAUAUCUGAAGGGCAUGGUACAGCCACUAUAGUAGAAAAUAAAUAUGAAGAGAAAUAUUUACCUCUAUAUAGAUCUACCCGUGAAGAUCCUCAAUACUGUAUAGAGGAGGACUGUAGCUUAGUAGGAAUAGUAAUACUUAUACCACCAUCAGAUGGAUGGCCAGAUACGUGGGAUCAUGAUCUACACCUUAUUGUUGGUGAAACUGAGUUCACUGUGAAGUACUUUAAUCUUGAUACAGGAGAAGAAUAUGAAGCACAAAUGGAUUUUCUGUAA